AGGGGCUCCAGAUUUUCCUUCCUCUCCGACCUCCUCUCGUUUCCUCUUCCGAUUUCACCUCCUUCCUCUUGAUAUCGCCUCUCUCUUCCGAUCUCCCUCUCCCUUGGAUCCUCAAUCUUUCAUCUCCAAUUCUAUUCCAGAACCACCACUAGAUCUCCGCAACGACGAUCUGGUUUCAGCUCCAGAACUCAACGGCAGAUUCCAGAUGUUCUCUGAUUUUCCGAGUUCGAUUCCAGUCACGUUUCUGCAGUUCCUGCCUGGAUCUCAGAGGUACCGGCACCCCUCCGUUACUAUCCAGAUUCCAGUGUCUUUUCCAGCUCUGUGCUUAGGGAACAGAGGGCUAGGUGAAGCCCGCCGGAUUCGUCCGCUGUGCUGCCCCUCUUCUGUUUUUUCGUGGAGUUAUAAUGUUGAAGACGAGAUUUCUGUUGAUUUGUGAUGUUUUCCAUCUCUAUUUCUGUUUUACGAAUUUGUUUGCACUUUCUGUGAAUUGAAUUGGCUUUUGAAAACCUGUUGCAUUCCGAAAUUUUUGAUAGCAUCUUGAAAUUGCAGUAUUAUUUUCAUAUCACUGUUUAGUUCAUUAUUCGCUGCAUAUUUGGAUUUGUACAUGUCUUCAUCUCAUUAUUACUCAGAUCAUCCGUGUAAUUUUCAUGACUUCGUAAAUUGUUAAUAAAUACUGUGCUUACUA